AACUUCAAAUACUUUAAAUAAUAAUGGGAGCGGGGAGUAGUAUUGAAAUCCCUGGUGGAGGUACCGAGGGUUACCAUGUCUUACGUGUCCAAGAGAAUUCACCCGGCCAUCGUGCUGGUUUGGAACCGUUCUUCGAUUUUAUCGUAAUGAUCGGAAACACAAGAUUAAAUCAAGACGAUGACAGAUUGAAAGACAUUUUGCGAGCGAACGUUGAGAAACCGAUAAAAAUGCUCGUUUACAGCAGUAAAAGUUUACAAUUGAGGGAAGUCACUCUCACUCCUAGUAGUGUUUGGGGAGGACAGGGUCUACUCGGAGUAUCAAUUAGGUUUUGCUCGUUUGAAGGAGCAAACGAGAACGUCUGGCAUAUCUUGGAUGUUGAACCGAAUUCGCCUGCUUAUUUAGCUGGACUUCGUCCUUAUUCUGACUACAUCAUCGGAGCAGAUUCUCUUCUGAACGAACAGGACGAUUUAUUUUCACUGAUUGAAUCACAUGAUGGAAAGCAAUUGAAGUUAUACGUUUAUAAUAGUGACACAGACAGUUCAAGAGAAGUUGUUAUAACUCCCAAUAGUGCGUGGGGAGGGGAAGGCAACCUUGGUUGUGGAAUUGGCUACGGAUAUCUGCAUAGGAUACCGACGGUUGCAAGAGAUCCAUCUCAGCAGACAGAUCCUGGCACUCUCAGCUCAGUAGCCGUGGCCCCUGCUGUCCCAGCCCAGCAGUUAGUACAACCAGUGGACGGGUUCUCAGAGGUUUCUCUCAGUUCCUCCUUGCCUGGGCAGUCCACGGCUCACUAUGCCUCAGUGCCACCUCUAGUGUCUGUUCCUAUGGCAACGACCGCUUCAAUGUUACCCGGCAACAACAUUGAUCUCAACGUACCAACACUUGCACAGAUGCAAGCACCACUACAACCGGCUACGAGUUCUAUACCGGGGAUUCCCCCUAUUACACUCCCCGCGGGCCUCCCCCCUAUGCCCCAACUCCCUAACCUGACAAUGCCCCCUAAUUUAACCAUCCCACCCCUGAAUUUACCCCCACUUGUAGGAGUUAGCCAAGCCCCACUUUUACCCACAAGUUACGCAAUGCCAACCCUAUCGAACCCCAUUGCAACUGACCCAAUUAAUAUUACCCCAAUGCCAGCUGCAGGCCAGGUCACCCUGCCAUCUCUGGACAGUCUAAAUGCAGCCCUGCCGAAAAUGACCCCACUUUUGCCCCAACCUGCGGUUUCCGAGCCCCAAGCCCCAACUGAAGUUGCCGCUUCUCCCCAACAAAAUGGCGAAGCAUAAAAACAAAUAAUAUAAUAAUAUAUAAACUUGAAGCAAAAAUGGCUAGCUGCUAGUCACCUCAAGAUGGGGUGAGAGAGCUUUUUAACACCCCCUUGUAUUUAUUAUUACGUUAGCGUUAAUUUUAUAUGGUGUUG